AUGGCGGCGCUAAACCUUACUGGUUUACUUCCCGAUGAACGGUGGAUUGCAGAGAUGAGACAUGAUGCUAGCGCAGAGUGCGAAGCUUUUCGGGGCAAUCACCGUGCAGACGUGACGUAUGUUGUUACCAUGGCAGCGCGGAUUAUUCAGAUGCAGUCGGGUUUUGCAAUGCUCGAGUCUGCAUACCAGCAGCCGAACAACUCGGCGAACAUCAUGAUGAAGAACAUGUUGGAUCUUUGCAUUGGUGUUCUUGCAUUCUUCUUAUUUGGCUACUACAUUGCCUAUUGGGACACUCAUCAGAUCGGAGGCUUUGCAGAUGCUGGCGUCGAUUUGGCUCACUGGUUCUGUUGCUUCUCCUAUGCAACAACUGCUGCGACCAUCAACAGUGGGGCAUUGGCAGGUCGAGUUGCUUUCUUCCCUUACUUGUUCCUUUCGACGGUGAUGACAGGUGUCCUUUACCCGAUCUGCGCGUACUUGUCUUGGGGAAAUGGAUGGCUACAAAAACUUGGAUUUGUAGACUUUGCCGGCUCUGUGGUUGUACACCAGGUGGGCGCAGUCAGCGCAUUGGUUUCCACCUGUAUUCUUGGGCCUCGAAUCGGUCGCUUCAAGAACUACCGAGCCUGGAAGGGAGUUUGGUCAGUCGUUUUCUGGGAGCGACAUGAUGAUGCGUACUACCGGGAACCCCAGGAUCCCGCUGAGAAGAAAGUGUUUAUUCCAUUUCGCAAAUGUCGACAUCCUGUGCAGCUUCUUUUUGGAACUUUUCUGCUGCUCGUCGGCUUCUUGGCCUUCAAUCCGGCAUCCACCUUUGCAACCACUCUGGGGGCAGACCUGCUUGUCGCACAUAGUUCCGCCACCACUUUAUUGGCAGCUGCAGGUGGAGGGAUUGGAGGCAUGCUAUUUUCCAUGGUCUACACCCGAUCCACGGUGGUGCGAGUUCCGGAGCUGACCAAUGCAGUGAUAGCUGGCCUUGUGGCCUCAUGCGCACCUGCUGCCGUAAUGCCACUCUCAGUCUCUCCUCUUGUGGGAUUCGUUGCUGCAAUUCUCACGUUGGGCUUUGAGGUGUGCAUCUCUGGACCUGCUGCCUCCUCCGGCCUGGCCGCUCAACUUCUUAGCCACGUCGCUGCUUUCUCUCCCGAGGGUGCUGAGCCGUCUGAGUUUGAGUUGGUGUCUAGUGUGCCUGAGUCUGUUCCUUCUGGUUCCUCUCGGGUGCGUGGAUUGGAGACCCGAGACCAGGUCCGUCUGUCCCUUCGUCCCUGCCCCGCAAGCCUUCUGCCUUUGGGAAACAGGUUGGUGGGAUCUUCCUUGUCAGGGAAAGCCAGAGUGGAGCGAGCUUGGACUUGUGGCCAGUGGGCAUCUGCCGUCAGAGACUCCCGUAUCGGAAGCCCUGACAGGACACCAGCGAUUGACCUCAAGAACAGGUUCUACGCUGUCUUGCAGGCACCUGGACUUCUUCGCGGAGGCAAAGAUUUACCUGCAGUCAGCUGGGGAGAUCGAGCACGACAUUGCUCCCUGAGGGCCGCAAUGGCAGAGGCCGUCACUUUGAGUUUGGAGGCCCUGGUGACCCUGGAACACGAUGUCGAGCCCUAUGUGAUGGAUUGGCCAGAUGUCUUGAGCGACGAUGGAGAGCCCGAAGCUGCUGUCCUCAUCGUGUCAAAACGGCCAGGUGGAUUUUUGGCCGCUGUUCCUGUUGGUUUUCUGCCCGAAGAGGUUUUGGCCAAUGGAAAUGUGGACCCCCCUCCUGGACUUGUAGGGCCAUCCACUGUUCUUCGUGUUCAGGGAAGGGUGAUGGAUCAUGGAACUUUAGCCCCCACCGGAGCCCUUCUGACGGUCGUUGUAGUCGAUCUGGACGAGGGGGUGGUGAAUUCACUUCGCACAGUUGGGCAAGAGGAAGUAUAUCCAUUCACCUUCGACCCAGAUCAACCUUUUGCAAUACCAGACCCGCCUCAGCUGUUGACCAUGGUUCGAGACUGGCUAUCAGCAAAUGCCUCCUCCACUCAAGCAGCUUACCUCUCCCUCGCAGAGGAGGAGGCCGUGGACUUGGAAGAUGUGCCACUGGAGGAGGAUCGCUCUGUCAACACUCCUCCCCCACGAAGAGCCAGAAAAGCAGCGCCUGGGCAAGAGCGAGCUUCAAACUCAGGAAAGCGACCUACUGUGGCAACCCUGGCAAGCUCCAUGGAUCAGCUUCUGCAGAUGAAUGCCGGCUUCUCCAAGAAUCUGGAGGCCCUGACUCUUCGACAAUUGGACUUGGAAAGGAAGAUGUCUGCUCCAGCGGCUUUGCAACAAGGGCCCCAUGCAGUUCUACACCGGCCUAUCUCAGAUUCCUUGGUGCCCCAGGUCACUGCGCCGAAGAGCAUAGCUCAUCAGCUGGGUUCACCGCCAAGAACACUUGCACCAUCUGCCCCGGGACUGUUGAGCUCGCAAAUGUUCAAACCCCAGGACUUGGCGGAGUUGGAGGUCGACAAGAGAGAGGGCGGCCCAUCUACAUCGUCAGAUCCUCUGGCGCAGGCUGUGCUGGCCCAGUCACAGGCUUUGACAGCACUUGUGGCUCAGAUCGCACAGACCAAUGGCGAUCCUAUGUUAGAGCUUGGUUCAGCAGGCUUAUCAACAGGCACCCGAGGAGCCCAAGGCCGUGCCCGGCUUCAGGCAGAACUUGCUGCUCAGAAAGGAAGUUUCUUUGCCUCAGUGAUCUCCUCGAUGUCAAGGCGGAUGUUCCCCACUAUGACUGCGGAGGGCUCUUAUCAGGAGCUGAUGGACCGUGGAGUUUGCGGAACUCGCUACCUGGAGCGAUUCGGAGGCUAUGGGAAGGUGAGAGACCUGGGAUGUUUGCAGUACCAGGUGAUGACAAUCCUGGACUCCUUGCAAACCUCCAACCUGCAAGCAGCCCGGGAUCAGGCGGCACUUCUGGCAGUGACGUUAGAUCAGGCUGCCAUGGAUCAAGGGCGUUUCGACUUGGCUCAUCUACUAUGCCUCCAAGAAGAACCUCCUGCAGCCGUCUUUACAAACAGACAGGCCAGCAUGUUGGCGAAGAGUCGGGCGUUCAGUCCUUUAGCGGACCAAAAAUGGGUCACGGUGGCGCUGGCUUACCUGAAAGAAUUGGAUGUCAUCACUUCCAAACGCCUCGAGUUGACGAACCAGUCAAAGCCCGGGCAAUUCGCCAGCUCUUCCUCCGCCGACGGCCCGGUACAGCCAAAGCAGAAGGCCCAGCCCAAACGCAAGUCCAAGGCUGGGGGAAAAGGAAAUCAGCCGGUGGCGACCGAUGCCGAGACGGCUUCCGCAGUCUUCCCGUUGCCUCUGGAAUCCUUGGACUCUUUCAGAGGUGGCGGCCCUCAUUUGUCAAAGAAGCGCCUUUGGACUUUAGCCAAGAACCGACUUCUUCAUGUUUGGACUCUUGUGCUGGAUUUCAUGUUUCUGGGUCGUUGGCCUACUGCUUCUGAGUUGAGGAGGUCCCCAACCCCUGAACAGCUCUCUGUCUUUAGGAGGUUGAGGACUAUGGUGUCUGCGUGUGGUGAUGCCCAGGCCUUGUUCCCUGUUUGCCCCGGCAGAUCCGGCCCUGAGCUUGGCGCUCAGUUGUUUCAGCUUGAGAGCUUUUGCAUGUCGUGCCCUGCGCUUGCUUCUGGGUACAUGGAAUCUGAGAGCAUCCCUGCAAAGCCCGACCCUGGACUUUUGUCGGCCUCUGACUUUCCUGAACUCCUCCCCUAUCGGUCUUUGGAUGCUGACCGUCUCAAGCUUGUGGGUGAAGGAAGAUGGCCCAUGGAGUCUUUCUUGAGUGGCGUGCUUUGGCUUCCUUUCCAAGAGCCGGCUUUUCUGUGUCAUGGUCUUGCUGUGCCACCUGACGGGGUUCCCAACUUCUCUGCGGAAGAUCCUGUGGAAUGUUUGAAGCUUGCAAAACUUUGGGAUGUUCGUGGCCUCUUGCACCUUGAAGCGUCGCCCCUUCAUGAGAACUACUUCUCUAGGGUUUUUAAUGCCUUUAAGGAUGCAGAGAGGGACCGGCAGAUUGGUGACCGCCGGCUGCCAAACAUGUGUGAGUAUCAUGUCAAUGGGCCCUCCAAGUUUCUUCCACAGGGAAGGCAGUUGACCAUGCUUCCUAUCCCAAGGUUCACGCAUGGGAUCAGAGGCUCCAUAACUGACAGGCGAGACUUUUACCAUCAGGCAUGUGUGACCCCUGAGCGUUCUCGAACCAACAUGCUGCCCUUUUCAUAUGAUGUUGAAAGCUUUGUUGGCUCUUCGGCUCAUGACUGUCUUGUGGAAUCUUGUCGUGCCAGGAAGUCAUCUCACCGUGAUGUCAUUGGAGACCGCCUUGGAAAGCCGAUUGGAAAGAGAAGCUCCUGUGCCCUACCCACAAGGGUGUAUCCAUGCUUUCGGUCGUUGUUUCAGGGUGACCACCUUGGGGUUGAGUUUGCCUUGCGUAGUCAUGAAGUUUUGUUGCAAGAGGCUGGGCUUUUGGCAGAUGAGACACGCAUCGAGGGAAACAAAAACUUCCCAGUGACAUGCAAAUGGGACGCCUUGGUGAUUGAUGACUAUUUCUGUUUGUGCUCUGAACGCCUUUCGACUUGCCCCAAAAACAGUUUUGCCUGGACUUCCCUUACAAAAGCCAGAGAGGUCUACGAGAAGCAUCAGCUUCUGGGAUCUCCUGAAAAGGAUGGGGUUGCCUCACCGGCAGUGAAGGUUGCUGGCGCUGAGAUUGUUUCCGACAGUGCAAACGUCAGGCGUGGUUUUGUGCCGGUAGCUGCACCUUUGGCCAAGCGUGUGGGAUUGUCCACUGUCUCUCUGCGCGCUGCAUGCUUGCCUGGUUUGACCUCUGGACUUGUCUCUAGGCUUGCUGGGAAUUGGGUGUCCGUCCUGCAGUUCAGAAAGGUUUGGUCUUCCUUGAUUGAUGGGUUGUUCCUUUUCGGUGCCAAGUGUCAGGAAAAUGAGGGUCAUGUGCAUGCCUUGCCAAAGCAGGUUUCUCAAGAGCUUGCCAUGCUGUCUUCCAUCGCCCCUCUUGUGAUGACCAACAUAGCUGUCGAUUAUUUGGAUGUUUGUUUUGCCAGCGAUGCAUCGAAUCGGAAAGGAGCCAUCGUUGAAGCUGGCAUUUGCCCCAAACUCCAUGAAAUCAUGUGGCUGGACUCAGACUUGAAAAGCCCUUAUGUGCAGCUUGACAACCCUUUUCGUGCAGCGCUCAGACAGCUUGGAGAGUUUGAUGAAGAUGAGCCCUUCUCUGGCGGUGAUGGAUUUUGUGCGGGACCCUUCAAAGCCCCACUUUUGUAUUUUGACUUUGUCGAGAUCUGUGGAGGCGCUGGUAAGGUCACUGAUGCCAUGUCUUCGUUUGGUUUCGUCUGUGCCCCUACUUUGGAUUUGUCGGAUUCCCGCCACUAUGACUUGUCGUCCCUCGCUCUGUUGGAUUGGAUCAUUCACAUGAUCCGUGAAGGGCGAUUCAAAGCCUUCCUGGUUGAGCCUCCCUGCACUACCUUCAGCCCAGCCGCUCAUCCUGCCGUCCGGUCUUACAGAGAGCCUCUUGGAUUUGACAGGACUUUGCCAAAGACCCUCCAUGGAAAUGUGCUUGCGUUUCGUGCCUUGGUUCUCAUGCGGGUUGGUCGUAGGUACCUUUGUCCCUGCGGUUUGGAACAGAGCCGGUUGAGCAAGAUGUGUUGGCUCUCUUUCUGGAAGAGCCUCCUGGAGUUGGACUUUGCCGAGGCAGUGAUUGCUUCCUGCAUGUUUGGUUCCCCUCACCGGAAGGAGUUUAGGUUCCUGUGUUACCUCCUUGACACGGGAUUUUUGGACGUGCGUUGUUGCGGUGGUCACAGUCAUGUCCGUAUCCAGGGGUCGCUGACUAAGCCGUCUGCCACCUAUGUCGAUGGCCUUGCACUCCAUGUUGCCACUGCCUUCCGUGAUGCUUUGCUUAAGAAGAGAGCCGAGGGUAACCUGGAGCCAGAAACGCAGGGCCAUGAAACUGUCCUUGCGAACGAUGUCAUGCUCAGCUCGAAGUGGUCUGUUGUCCGAGCCUGGUUUUGGAAGCGUCUUGGUCACAUUAAUGUGCUGGAGACAUCUGCUGCGGUCUCAAACCUUGUGUCGGUUGGGCAGAAGCGCUCAUCAUGUCGAUUCUGUCAUUUCGUCGACUCAGCCGUUUGCCGUGGUGCUUUGUCCAAAGGUCGUUCUCCUUCCAGAGCUUUGCAACCUUUGAUGCGGCGUGCUGGUGCGGUUUGCGUUGCCUCUGACCUCUACCCCGGAUGGUUUUACUGCCCUACCAGGCUCAACACGGCCGAUGACCCUACCAGAGAUCACCCUCUGCGGCUUCCUCUUCGUCACUCCCUCAUCAAAGCUGGCAUUCCGCUUGAUCUCCUGCGGCGUCUCAAUCUGUGUGGCCUCAGACGUUUUGCUGCCAACUGGAUUCGGCUCAUCUUGCUUGCCACCUAUGGACUUCAGCCCGUUGCCGGCUCUUGUGACAGGAUGCUGCAUCGAGCAGGAAAUGCUUUGCUCACUACGAGGGCUGUGAGGGAUCAGACACGAGACAAGAGGAAGGUCUAUUUGGACCGCUUCAAGGAGGUUUUGGUCACGACCUACCUGGAAAAGCUGGACAAGCGAGCACGGGAUCGUAUCCUUUUGUUUGCUGGUGGGUAUGCCGAAACCUUGGAACAGUGCGUGACGUUUCUGGAACAUGGCAUUCCACUAGCUGAUGGAACUUCCAGGCAGACAGCAAAAGGUGGCGGUGAAGCAGCAUGGCUUCUGCUUGCGAAGCAACUGCUGGGCAUGGUCGUUUUGUGCGGCAUCUCCAUUGGCAUCACCUACUUCUCUGUUUACUUGAUUGACGUGACGGUCGGCUUCCGGUGCACGCGUGCACUGAUUGGUCUUGACUUCUGGGAGCAUCAGUUCAAUGAUGGUACUUUCGACAAGGACAACGACAAGGCAGAAUUCUUCAACGCGGCAAAGCUGCGGGAAAGCUUGAACAGCAGCUGCUGGCCCUCCUUCAGUAGUCCGGAAAAACGGUACAUGGCUGAGCAAAAAGUCCGGGAGCUGAAUGAAGAGCAAGCCCGCAAAGCGUCAGAAGCAGAAACGAAAAAAGAAGAAAAGGAAAAGGCAGAAGAGGCCGGCAUGGACCUGGGGAUUGAAGUGGCAAUCCUGAAGAAGCAGGUACAAAUGCUACAAUCACAGAUUCAUUUGUUGGCAGCUGCGAGGAUCCGAGACGAGAAAGAAACACCGGGUGAGGCUAUCCCUGUGCGUUGCGUGGAGGACAUGUUUGGAAAUCAGGAUGGUGGAGAAGUAGAAGAGGACAAAUUAGUGCUGUGCGAUGGCCCCAAAGAGUGGGCUGCCAGGACCAUCAGGAAUUAUCGGAGGCGAGCUUUGCAGUUGCAAUAUCUUUGCCAGCCUUUGACUGAUAGGUCUUUGUUGCUUGUGGCUGGCUUGCUAAAGGAACUCAAGAUCGCAAACGCUCGCCCCGUCACGGAGGCAAUUCAGUUGCCGCUGGUGCAAGGAGAUGUGAAUUGGCAGACGACUCUCGUGAUGGAGGAGGUGCACAUGAACGUCACCACAUUUCUGGCGCGUGAGCCGGUGCUGUCCUUGGGACAUCGGGCUUGUAGCCCAGAAGCUGGUGCCAUGGCUCUGCGUGUGCUCAUCACUGGAAGCACUGGUUACGUCGGGCGCUUCCUGUUGCCGAGUUUGGAGAAAGAUGGUCAUCAUGUUGUUGGUGUCAGCCGCUCCAGUCACGUGAAGAUGGACCUUUGCAAUUCGACUGAUUGCGAAGCAGUUCUUCGCGAGGUGAAGCCCGAUGUCAUUGUCCACACUGCAGCCCUUAGUUCUCCAGCAAAAUGCGAGGAGGAUGAAGCUCUGACCCGAAGCUACAAUGUCCCCCGAUACUUUGCAGAGAAGGCGAAGGAGGUGAAUGAACAUGUGAGGUUCAUUUUUCUGUCAACCGACCAAGUGCAUGAUGGCAAAGGUCGGUUAGUUGGUGAAUCCGGCGAUGUACAGCCGGUCAAUGUCUAUGGGAAGUCCAAAUUGGAAAUGGAAACUGUUGUGCAGCAAGUCUUUGACAAAUAUGCAAUUUUCCGAAUGUCGUUUGUCUUUGGACCAGAAAUAGAAGGGGCACACAGCACCUUCCUUCAAUUUGCCCUGGACAAGUUGCGGCAAAACAAAGAAUUUGAUGCUUUUUCUGAUCAGAUCAGAUCUUGUAUCUACAUCGAUGAUGUCAUAGAUGCUCUGCGGCUGGCCGUGAAGGGCCACAUCGAGGGCAUUGUCAACUUGGGAGGACCAGAAGCACUCUCACGAUUGGACUUCUGCCGAAUUGUUGCGAAACAUUUUGGCAUCAACGAGUCGAUAGUUCAAGGUUCUCUGUAUCACCUUCCAACACCUUCGCCCGCUGACAUCUCCAUGAACAUCCAACGGCUUGAAAGUGUGAUGGGGCGACUGCGGAGCUUGGAUGAAGCUCUGAAGAUCAUGAAUCCCAAACUUUGA